CUCGCUCGUAAAAUCGAUAUUGGAUAUUGGAACAACUAGUAGUUGUUUUCACCAGCUACGGCUUGACCUUGGAAACCGGUUUGCGGUCUCAGCGAGAAUAACGAUUUCGAACUUUACAACUAUUAUACAAUAAAUAUUGCAUUAUCAUGACUUUCGUCAACCUUGUAUUGAGAAAUCCAAACAAAACUCAAUUUUUCCGGCUUUUCUCCAUAAACCGUUCGGUAGCGCUUAGCAGAUUUGAGAACGAAACUUUAGAUUAUCAUAAAUUAGAGCAUACUUUGAAUACAGUAAAGAAACGACUUGCACGUCCGCUAACUUUAGCUGAAAAGGUACUUUAUUCUCAUCUUGAUGAUCCAAAAAAUGCAAUUAUUGAAAGGGGUAAUAGUUACCUCAUGCUUCGACCUGAUCGUGUAGCAAUGCAAGAUGCUACAGCUCAAAUGGCAUUGUUGCAGUUUAUUAGUAGCGGUCUUCCACGCGUUGCUGUGCCUUCAACAGUUCAUUGUGAUCAUCUUAUUGAGGCUAAAGAUGGUGCUGGGGCAGAUUUGAUUCGAGCUAAUGACACUAAUAAAGAAGUAUAUGAUUUCCUUGCAUCUGCAUCAGCUAAAUAUGGAAUUGGAUUUUGGAAACCGGGAUCAGGAAUUAUACAUCAGAUUGUAUUAGAAAACUAUGCUUUUCCUGGAGCGUUAAUCAUUGGAACUGAUAGUCAUACGCCUAAUGGCGGUGGACUUGGCGGUCUGUGUAUUGGAGUAGGCGGUGCAGAUGCUGUAGACGUAAUGGCUAACUUACCCUGGGAAUUAAAAGCACCUCUGGUAAUUGGUGUUCAUUUGAUUGGAAAGUUAUCUGGUUGGACAAGUGCAAAAGAUAUUAUACUGAAGGUAGCUGAAAUUCUUACAGUCAAAGGUGGAACUGGAGCUAUUAUAGAAUAUUAUGGACCUGGUGUUGAAUCAAUUUCCUGUACGGGUAUGGCUACAAUUUGUAAUAUGGGCGCGGAAAUUGGUGCUACAACAUCAAUUUUCCCUUUUAACGAUCGUAUGUUGGACUACUUACGUGCUACUAACAGAGCGGAUAUUGGUGAUAUAGCAUCAAAGCAUAAGGGUUCUUUGCUUACACCUGAUGCAAACUGCAAAUACGAUAAAAUAAUUGAAAUCAAUUUAGAUACCUUGGAACCACAUGUCAAUGGUCCAUUUACUCCUGAUCUGGCUCACCCGAUUUCACAAUUGUCUAGUCGUUCAGCUAAAGAAGGUUGGCCACAACAUAUUAGCGCUGGUUUAAUCGGUUCGUGUACUAACUCCUCAUAUGAAGAUAUGUCACGUGCUGCUAGUUUAGCUAAACAAGCAUUAGACAAAGGUGUUAAAGUGAAAUCACAAUUCUAUAUAACACCUGGUAGUGAACAAAUUAGAGCAACUAUUGAACGUGAUGGGAUAACUGAAGUGUUUCAAUCUAUUGGCGGGAUAGUAUUAGCUAAUGCAUGUGGUCCGUGUAUCGGUCAAUGGUCCAGAAAGGAUACAAAGAAAGGUGAUAAGAAUACAAUUGUCUCAUCGUAUAAUCGUAAUUUCACUGGUCGUAAUGAUGCUAAUCCAGCUACGCAUGCUUUUGUUACCUCACCUGAGAUAGUAACAGCUCUAGCUCUUGGCGGAAGUUUAACCUUUAAUCCAUUAAAGGAUGAAUUAGUUGCAGCUGACGGUUCAAAAUUUAAAUUGAAACCACCAACAGGCGAUACAUUGCCUAAGAAAGGUUUUGAUGCUGGUCAAGACACCUAUCAACCUCCACCAGAGGAUACUUCAAAGAUUGCUGUGAAAGUCGACCCGUCAAGUCAACGUUUACAACUGUUAACUCCAUUUAAUAAAUGGGAUGGAAAAGAUUUAGUCAAUAUGCCAAUAUUAAUUAAAAUUAAAGGAAAAUGCACAACAGAUCAUAUAUCAGCAGCUGGUCAAUGGUUAAAAUAUCGUGGUCAUUUAGAUAAUAUUUCAAACAAUUUAUUUAUUGGUGCUGUUAAUGAAGAGAAUGGUGAAGUCAAUAAAAUAUUACAUCGUGAAUCUGGUAAAUGGGAUACAGUUCCAGUGGUAGCUAGAAAGUAUAAAGCUGACGGUGUAAGCUGGUGUGUUGUCGGUGAUGAGAAUUAUGGUGAAGGAAGUAGUCGAGAGCAUGCUGCUUUAGAGCCUAGACAUUUAGGUGGACGAGCGAUUAUUGUGAAAAGUUUUGCGCGUAUACAUGACGCUUGGUUUAACUUUCCGCUGUUAAUUAUUUAACACGUGGGUAUCAUCAUAUAGCUGUUGAAUGGAAUUUCGAAAUGUCUGUUUCAAUCCUUACUGCUGAAACAAUUUCAAAAUUCGUGGUUGACAUUAUCGAAGGCUUUUUCAAGUCGAUGAAGUUGAGAUGACUAUCAUUCUGGGCCUCUGCUCGAUUAUGGUAAUUAUUGACAGUACUGUAAGUUAACUGGCUCGAGAUAUACUUUUCAUGAAUGCAGUAUACUUUAGGCGAAAUCUUUAUCUGAAGUAUGUUUCUACGAUGAUGCCACAUAAUUUUUCGUUUGAUGCGAGCAGAAGCGUGGACGUAAGAUGCUUUAUUUAAUAGUUUUAAAAAUUUGGCUUUCUUCCAAUCAUUAGGUACCUUUCUUUAUGAUAUGUAUCCACAUGAUGUGUGUUUUGUUUUUGACAGUCUGUUAUAUUUUGCUAUGUGUAUAUGGAUCGAUAUUCCAUUAUAACUGACAUUAUGCUCCGCUAACUAAAUAAACAAUGUAUGACCUUAUUAUCACAUGGCAUUACAACCAAUCAUGGUAAGAGGUUAUCUCAUUAGUUCAUGUGUAUUAGCCAUUUUCAUAUAUACUUUUUAUUAGACACUUGUACAUUAUUCUGGUUCACACACAUUUCGUACAUCUAAGUACUCUUCCACUCACACACUAGUGUGACAUUUAUUUUCCUUGUCUGGAAAAUACAAGUAUCAUCGUAAACCUGGUGGUCUCCUGAUUUCCCUCUUUCCGCAUCAGGACUAUUAACUACUCGACGAGUACAUAACAUAAUUGACGACGGGAAAAACUCUAAUAACUCACUCAGCAGCAAUACAGAACACUUUACCUCUGUAUUUUCUCCACUAUUGGCGUGAACAUAUUCACUGAGGUCUCUGGGUUCGUCUUCACUGCUUCUGUGGUGAUUCCGUCUGAUCUGGCAGCGUUCCUGAGUGUUUAGCAACUUUAUGAACUUCAAGGCUAGUAUUUUUGUUGGACAAUUGGUUUUACUUGGGAGUUAUGCGACGAGUCAUUAGGACGCAGUAAGGUUUCUAUUUUGAAGACUAAUUUAUUGAAGAAAAUUUUUCUUAAGUAACAUUACAUAUCUGUUGUUUAAAAGCAUCUUGAUUUUUGUUCUCCUUCCCAAUCUACAUCUCACAGAAACAAAUCUGAAGAAGCAAGGU